GAUGACCCAUAGCUGACUCAUGGAACACUCAGUUAAAAGAUUCAUCAACUCCUCCCCAAAGGCCAAACCCCUAUAAAUAAUGUGAAAUGUUCUUAAAUCAUCAACCAAAACUUAAAUAUUUCUCACUGACCUUCACAAUACAGCAAUAUUCCACCUCAAUAUCAGAAUCACAAUGAAGAACUUACUCGGUGGAAAUUUGGCGGGUAUUCCCAUGAGUUCAACAGUAUGCUCACUUGAAAGGCCGCCGAAAAGACUACUUGCCCUAUCUGCUUGUGAAGACCAUAUCGUUCCAUAUGCAACUUCGAAGAACUUAUCUCAAAUAAAGCAAAGAAAAUAUGUCAUUGGCAAGAUGAACAAAUUGGGGGAAAGAAUGGACUGUCUUGCACAAGGCAUCCGUGACCAUGUGAGCCUAAGCCCGAAACUAACAGAAACUUUGAAGGGAAAAUUAAGCCUUGGAGCAAAAAUCCUUCAAGUAGGAGGGUUGAAGAAAAUUUUCAAGCAGAAGUUUAGUGUUCGAGAUGAUGAAAAGCUGAUGAAGGUUUCUCAAUGUUAUUUAUAUACUACAGCUGGUCCAAUGGCAGGCCUUCUCUUCAUCUCUACGGAAAAGGUUGCUUUCUGCAGUGAGAGAUCAAUAAAGCUCUUAUCUCCAACUGGAAAGUUACUUAGAAUUCGUUAUAAGGUAUCGAUCCCAAUAAGUAAGCUGAGGAAAGCAAAACAAAGUGAAAAUAUGGAAAAGCCAUCACAGAAGUAUAUACAGUUAGUUACGGAGGAUGAUUUUGAGUUCUGGUUUAUGGGAUUCCUCAAUCAUCAAAAGACACUGAGAUAUCUGCAGCAGGCAAUCUCAAACUCAAGCAAGCUAAGAAGAUAAUUUUUUUUCUCCUUUUUUCAUUUUGUUUUCCAAUACACUCAUUAUUCAAUGUAAAAUAUUCAUGCAAAAAUGAAUUUAGCGAUCUGUUAAAACUUGUAACAACUAACAAGAUCCAUUGCUCAAUGGAGGCUUUAGGUUUACGCUUUGUGCCUUACGAGUUAGUUUUGUGAAUGUAUAGACUUAUUUUCUUUUUUUUGAGAUAGUAAAAGAUGUGAAUGAUAGAUCUAUUGUAAACUUAUGCAAAUAGAUGGAUUCUCUUUACAGAGUUAUUUA